UUUCUGUUCUCUGUGUCUCACGUAUACGUAAUCUGAGCGGAAUCCUCCGCAAGCUUCGCAAGGACCUUUACGUCCAGCCGCGACUGUCGUGAAAGCGAGGGGCACGCCUGACGGCAGCACUGUCGCAAACGCUCGCAAGGACAGGUAGGUAAGGAAGGCGGGGGGCGGGGGAGGUGGGUUGUUACUCAGGUAGAAGGGGCAGGUGGGGGGGUUGUGUGGGAAGGGUACCCAUUUCGCUCCCCCACGCCGUCUGCCUGCUGCGGGGAGGGACAAGCUGUGUAGCAAAGUUCCCUGCAAGAUAAAAAUUCAGAGCCAUUACUUGAAGCAGGUUCUGGGGUCUGUUACCUAUGCCUUUGGCGGAAGGGUGGGCGGUAGUCUGAGGGAGGGUCGCCCCCAGAAGAGUUUGCUGCUCCUUGAGGCUCCCCUCAGUCCCUGGUGCAUGAUAGCGCCCAGGCUGGUCGAGGUAGCUUAGAAAGCCCCUUCCUCUCUCCCUCCUCCUGGCAACAAAAAUGCCAUAAGAAUAGUUUAGAGCAGUGGUUCCCAAAUCUUUUUUGGGAUCGUUCCCUCACCAUACCCCAUAAAAAGCAUUAUUCAGAACAGCGGUUUGUACGGCCCACUAAGGAAGAUAGUGCAAUAAAAUUCAAAACAGUAACAAUUAAUUGCAUACUUAUUCAAAAUUCAAUUAAAUUCAUUCAACAAAAUCGAUGAACUUGAUUCAGUGAAACCAACUUUUCAAAGUCAGAUAGUCAUUUACACCUCCAGCACCGCCUGCUGCCCACUUUCCUCCUCUCCGGAGGUAACCCACCUUGGCAACCACUGGGUUGGUUAGAUGCACUAACCAUGUGCUGCCUGUUUCAACAGAGGCUAAACCAUCUCCUUUGAGUCUGCCCAAUGGUAGGGCUGGCCCUGCUCCCAGAUAUGCUAAACUUCUGGAAACUUUGAAGCUGGGUGUGUGGAUGUAGUCUGGGAAUAUUUUGAAGUCCGGGGGGAGGGGAAUUUUGGAGGGAAAUGAAUUGUUUUAAUACAUCUCAUUGGAUUUAAGCUUGCUUUAAAUAUAUGUGUGUUUCAGGUGUAUUUGGCAAGCUCACAGAUUUUACAGUUUGGUAUAUAACGGCUUAGGACUCAUUUACUUAAGGGAUCACCUUACCUACGUGCGACUUUGAUCUGCAAAACUUUAACUUCUACAAAUACCACACAGUGUUGGAUCCAAGUUUAUGAGUACAGUGGUACCUUGGGUUACAUACGCUUCAGGUUAUAUACGCUUCAGGUUACAGACUCUGCUAACCCAGAAUAGUACCUCGGGUUAAGAACUUUGCUUCAGGAUGAGAACAGAAAUCUUGUAGCGGCAGUGCAGCAGCAGCGGGAGGCCCCAUUAGCUAAAGUGGUGCUUCAGGUUGAGAACAGUUUCAGGUUAAGAACGGACCUCCAGAACGAAUUAAGUACUUAACCCGAGGUACCACUGUAGUUCCUUUAGAGUGGCAACACUCUAGCUUUAGCUGUGGAACUCCCCUCCUAUUGACAUGAGGCAGCAACAUUCACUAUAUUGUUUUAGGUGCCUCCUGAAAACUUUAUGCUUCAGUGGGCCCAUUCAGGCACAUGACUUGGAAACAUGUGUUUUAAAAUUUGAAUAUGUUUUGAUUUUAUUUUUAAUCAUAUUUCCUAGUGUUUGUCAUAUUGGGCUCCUUUGAGAGUAGAGGGGGAAAUAAAAGAAAUAGUGUAUCAGUUUACAGGGAGUUUAGAAAUAUGAUUGCAUUGAUUUUCUCCAGAUGGUAAUUGCAGCGUAUUCAGCAUUAGAGAGGGAGCAGUAUGGUGCUAUAACCAUUAAGUCCUUAAACGUAUCUUGGAUUUCUACCAGUUAUGGAAUUAUUAUUUUGAAACCAUCCCUAUUAUGGAUUUUGAAACCAAGUCUAUUAUCUAGACUUGGAAACCUCUCCUUAUUGUCAGCAUUUACCAGACACAAAAAACCUACAAUGAAUGUUCACAUCACAAGCAAUUUUUCUUCUUCAGACUGUUUCCAAAUCUCUGAGAAAUAAAAAAAAAUGCACACACAUGUUUGUUUGUGGGACACACUUUUGCCCAUUCCUAGCUGUGUUAAAAUCUUUGAUUUCUCCAUUGAUUUCUAUGGUCAGCUCUCGCUUCUGUCCCUAGGGACAUUUAAAAAUAGUUUCUCAAUGUGAACUCGGGGAGUGACCUAAUCGAACAGUGGAGUAGUUCUGUCUAUGUGUCUCUUCCUUUGUACUUCUCUAGCCACUCAGUUCCAUUCCCAGCCACCCAGUUUUCAUUUCUCCAGCCUCUUAGUCAGUGUUCCUUGCCACUGAGUAACCUAGGGACUGUGAAGGUUUUUCCCCAUUAAAGAUUUAUUGUAUCAUUGCAAACCUCAUAAUUACCCUGAGUCUGCUGGUGUCACCCCUGUUUUGGUGUGAGGGGGGGGGCUGUACUGCAGAGCUAGCACACAGCCCUGAGUGGGCUUUCACCCCCAUAAAGGUGUGGGCAGGUGCUGUGGCUAUACCCCUACUUCCUGCUCCUCAUUACUUGGUGCAGUGGUACAGUAAGUGAUGCUAGCUGACUUCACCUCUGGUAGCUCCUAGACGUUGCCAAGUGUCUUAUCCAUAUCCUCCACUUGAGGAUGUGUUAGGCGGUGUUUUUAAAAAAAGGAGAAAAGAGAGCAUAUUAAACUGGAAUAUUUUAUUUAUCCACCACUGCCACUUCAAAGAUGAAGGCAGUCGAUCAUCAGAUUAAUUUGUUCCUGCUUGAACAUGCUCACCUUAAAGCCUUUCUUCCCAGAACUUCCUGCUUCUCUCUCCCCUGGUCUAAUGUUCCCCCUAAGGAGGAUUUCUUCCUGAGUCACCUGGCUACUCUUCAGCUACACACCUAGCUAUGCACAUUUAGGAUCAUUUCUUUAUUGGUGUUUUUUCUCCCCCUCUCAGCCAUGCCACUUCUCGAUCUCCAGAACCAGCUGGGCAUUGAUGUUGACAGGUGGUUGCUCAUCGGGAGUUCCAAGCAGCCCCACAAGCAGGCCAGUUUGUGCUUUGCCUUUCAGAAGGAGUGGCUGGAGUGUUCUGAUGGCAUUGGAUCUGUAAGGGCAAAGAAGGAGUGCCAGCAGGAGAUGGAGGAUCUUGCUGAAUGUCUAAGCAAGAAAAAAAUGGUGAGUGGGAGACCUGAAGCAGGGACUCAGGGUCAGCAAGUGUGCAUCUGUGUCCAAGGAAGUAUUUGUCUGUUUGCUUUUCUUAUUGCUGGAGUAUCUGCAAAAGUUGACUGCCUCUUCCCAUGUGCUGCUUGAAAGAGAUGGUAUGGACAGUUUUGGGGAGAAUAGAAAUGUAAUAAGUUUGCUUUCCCUGGGCAGAAGUUAUUAGUAGGCAGCUCAUUUCAAAGGCAGAAUUCUCUUGUAUUCCCAUCCAUCCUUGAUGCCAUGCAGAGCUACCAUUUGUCUUCCCAACAUAAGGGGCAAAGGAAAGAGAAGCAGCUGUGCUUCCUUCUCACUGCAGUGAGAACAUUAGAGAGGUAGAGUAAUUCACAACUGUAGUUAGUGUGGGUGUAAUAAACUGAUUUGUAAUUGAGGUCCAAAGCAAGUGGUUGACUUGGGGUAAGGGAAUAGCCCUUACUCUAUAUGCUGCUAACUGCAAGCCGGCUCUGCGUUUUGUGCGCUAGUGUCAGGGAUCCAUUGGUUGACCCCCCAGGGGCAGGGCUGAUGUGUGAUGCUGCCUUGCAGUGUAGUCAGACCAAAUGGCCUGGUAAAUUCUGACUCAUGAAUUUUGCCAGUAUAUGGGACACCUUUUGAGAUGCUAUCAGGGUGGGGGAAGCAGGUGGCAUUCCAAAGUGUAAACUCCUGUUGGGUUUGUGGAUGUAAGCUGGGAGAAAAGUUAAAAUAUUUUGCAAGCUGCAGUUUGUUGCCAUCUUUCAAUGUAAUUGGCCCACCCCUUUGAAUGUUUUCAUCAUGCAACGGGAGUGAGGUAUUGCUGCUUCAGAGCAUCUCUCCUCUCCUCCUCACCUCCCCCAGCCCCAUCUGUUGUUAACAAAACUGCCCAUCCCUAACUGGGCUUUCCACAUCUCCAUAGCUGAGAGUGCAGCGUGAACAUCUUGGUCAGCUGUGCAGGCACCUCAGGAGUCUGGCAGACCAAGAUCAUUUUGUGGCAAGUAGAGAAUAGCAGGCCAUCUGGAGGGCAGCCAUGUGUGGGAGCCCAUCAAAGCCUUUCACUAGUAAGGUACCUCCUGGCUCUCACUCUGCACCUUGAUGCUGAAAGAUUCUGACACUUUGAUCUAAAGAACAGAACUGCAAGACUGAAAGUAGCAGAGUUGUCAGUCUAUUUGAACCCACUCUUAAAAAAAUCUUGUGUAUGUCCGUUUCCCCCCUUCUCUCCCCACCCUGAUCUGAGCUGGGCAGGUGCAACUUCUCACAAAGGAGUGGCAAAGCAGUCUCCUCUUUUGCACAAUUUUUAAAGGGAAAGGGGUUCCACAUUUUCCCUUGCAUCUGGUCACCCUCCAGUGAGUUAGAGCACAUUAAAGGGAGUGCUAAAUCUGAGACCUUCAGCAAUGGGAACAUGCUCCUUUACAAAUCCGUACGUGCUCUGACCUGCUGGAGAGGGCAAGAUUUAACUCAGAAGGUGACAUCCCAACUCUCUCUUCUGUUCCUUUGGCAGGUGAAGCGAAUGAUGGCGAUUCAUGCACAGAGGGAGAAGCUGAUAAAGGAGGGAAAAUACACCCCUCCUGACAACCAUUCUGGCAAAUUUGACCCCACACCUUGAACUUUUGCUGCUUACCCUGGAGGAAGCAGAGCAGGAGUCACUUCCCAGUCUCUCUUCCUUUUUUUUUUUUUUUUUUAAGAGUUCUAUCACUAAUGUAUCAACAACUUCUGGUUAGCGUGGAGACAAUUGACUUUAGUCAUUUUCCUUUAGCUGCCAACUGCUCCUCUCUUGUGUGUCUAGUGAAGUGGCAGACUGUUCCUGGCUUGAAUAAAACUGCCUCUUUGGGCCUUGAACAUUAA